AUGAUCUUCGAGCUGUUAAUGGCCUCACCGUUGUUCGCCCUCGCCACACUAAGGCGGAUCGGAGUUCUCGACUUCCUAGAUUAUUCGCUGGUACAGACGGUUAUUCUGACGAGCCGUACAUUAUUCCUAAUUUCCGGACUGAUCAGUACAGUUUCCGGAGCACCGUUUGGUUACGGUCUCAACACCGAUAUCACGGAAUCUAAAAGUGAAAUGGAACCUUGGUUGCAACCAUGCGGUACUCCAAUAACGGAACCAACAAUACAACCAAUCGUACGUCACAGUGUUCACAGACAAUUGAAGAGGAUACAAACACAAAUAAGGAUUGCUCACAAUCACUAUAAAGAAUAUAGAAAUGAUAUUCGUGAGAUUUACAGUAAGGUGGAUAAAGCGCUGAAAGGGCAGUACAGUUUAAAUUGGCUUCCUGACAAUACAUUCGCAUGGUACGAAGGGGAAAUUUGGUGUCUAGAAAAGGGUAAAAAAGCUGAACGUGUACUUCCCCUUCUUCACGAUGGCCUUCAAAGGUUCGCCAUUACUUUCCUAAAUCUACGAAAGUUCGAACUCAAAUCGGAAAUCAAUGCCGAUCUUAGAAUAAGCAAACGAAACGAGAUCAUGGAUACCAUGUUAACCGAAACACUUCGAAUACUUUGCGAAGUAGAAACAAUGAUGACCAAUCUAGGAUUAGAAAUUCCAACCUCGCACAAAGCAGUCAUAGUUACGGAAAAUCGUGACUGGUCUAAAGAAGGUGACUUAACAUUAUUACUCAUACAAGAUUGGGGUAUACUGAGAUUGUUCAAAGUAUUUUUGAGCGAUUGGAAAAGUGCAUUUCGUAAUGCAACAAUGAGAGGACCAGGUACCUGCGUUACCACAGCACCAAAACCACCAAUGUUACGACCAAAAAAAAACGAUGAUACUAUAAAAAGGAAGAACAAGAAGAACCCAUGUCCUAAAAAGAAGAAAAUGAAGAAAAUCAAGAAAGAUAAGGUCAACAAAAAAUUGACAGAUAGUGUGCGUCAAAAUUUGAAUCAAACUGAAACUUUGAUACGAGGUACAAGACUAUGUCCAAGGAAAAGACUGACGAGGAAGAAACAAAUUACUAUGCAAACUAGCACGACGCAAUCAGCAACGACUAUUCAUGAUUUCGAGUGAUUUAUUUUUAACAAAUACAUUUUUUCUAUCUUUAGUAUAAAAUGAUAAUCACACAUUCGAUGUCGAGCACUCGCAAAAAGGAAAGAAUGUCUUCUCUUGCACAAGAUCAUCAACGAAAAUGAUCGAUGUAUAAUUCAUAAGCACACACGUCAUAGGACACACACAUCAUCAUCAACCAUACGUUCUUUUUAUUUAUUGCAUCUUUCGCCACAAAUCAUUUAUUUGUCUUGUCGCGUUUAUAUUUUUUAAUUCUUCUUUCUCGAUCUUACAUCAAAGAAAGGAAUUUUAAUACCAUUACUCACCCCUACUUCUUUCAAAA